AUGGAUUCGAUUGGACCAUUGACCGCGAAGAAUCUACCCGGUGAGAAGAGCUCAGACCAGCAGCCGCCGCGGAAGAGAGCACGACAGAGCUGUGAGACCUGUAAGGCUAAGAAGACUAAGUAUAGUGUGUCGGCGUUGUGUGAGGUCAAUCUCAAGAAGAGAAAGCGCCCUUUUUACCGCAUCUCAGAGGAGGUCCAUGAGUCGUCCAUCGCGCUGCUCCGUCGGUUCGUAUCGGAAGAAGAGCUACCGGAGCUCACCGUCGAGGGUAUCCAAGCCAUCCACGCCAAGCUAGACGAACGCAGUGCUAGUCCUAGAAUCUCCAACUCAGUGCAGGUGCAACGACUGACCCGGAGUAACAAUGCGGAAGGCCCUGAGAAAAAACCAGCUGAGGGGGAAGUCAUGGAGCCAGACGAACAUCCCGUCCUCCAAGAAGCGCUCGGCUGCAUGGUGCUUGAUUCUUUAGGGAAGUACCGCUACGUCGGCCCAGAGUCGUCCAUCCGUUGGAAUCAUGCGGCACGCCUGGCGCAGCAAACUUCUCUCAACACCGAUCCAAAAAUCAUAGCCCCAUUGAAAACAGGUUUACUCCCGCCCAAGACACCGGAGAGCUUCAGCAGUGCAUGUAGAAGAGAGGUCUACCUGCCACCAAGGGACCUGUGCAUGCGCUACGCGGAGCAUUUUUUCCAGGAGAUACAUUGCUUGUAUUGGUUCUACUCCUUGGAGCAGUUCUACAGUCUGCUAGACCAGACCUUAGAGGAUCGGGGAAUAGGAAUGAGCGCGUCCUGGCUUUGCUCUCUGUAUUCGAUCUUCGCGAUCGGCAGUAUGACGCCCGUCAAUCAAGAAACGCAGACAGGGAGCGGGGCGGAAGGGAUCGUGAGGCAGGCGGCUGAUUACCUGGCUUUGGCGAAAGAACUGUCACCCGAAGUAAGCGACGAGGCGGAUGUCGAGAGUGUGAAAGCUUCUGGUCUGUUGAGUUUGGCCAUGCAUGCAAUGUGUUAUAGCGUUGGGGCAUAUUUACACUUGGGAACAGCCGUGAGAAUCGGGUUCUCUCUUGGUCUACACCGAAGUAUUUCUCCCCGGACGAGUAAUUCGGUUGAACGCGAGAGAGGGAGACGACUAUGGUGGACAAUCUACACACUAGAUCAUGAAAUGGCGAUUCGCUUCGGCUAUCCGCGUGCGAUUGGUGAUGAUGCUGGUUUCAUGAACACGCCACUGUCAUCGGAACAGAUCAUGGACCCGGGGCCGAAUAUGCCACUAGGAUACCAGGCACUCUCGGUCUCGCUGGUCCAACUCCGGAGAAAGAUCAGCCAUAGCUGUUUCGUAGAACCCGCCCAAGUCGGUGGCCGACUGCCGAUGAGUCGUGUCUUUGAGAGCCUGAAAGCCCUCAAAUGCUGGCUUACCGAAGUGCCUCCGUACCUCAGUUGGGACUCUUCCCAACCCCCACAACACCGUCGACCGGUGUCAAUCCUACACUUAAGGUACUACAGUUCUAUCAUCUUCGUCACGCGUCCUUUCCUCCUCUUUAUCGGCUCUCGUCAAUCUUCCGUCAAGCAUAAUGGCAAAGCGCGAUGCUAUGAGGAGCUCAGCGGCAAAUGCAUCGAAGCCGCGGAGCGCUCCGUGGCCAUCCUCAAGCGCAUGGUGAAUGACCGGACGCUGUCCAGUCGGAUUUUAUUUGACUGCCAUUGCAUAGUGGAGAUAGUGUGGAUUUUGAUAUUAGCCGUGCAGAAGCUCAGUCGACCGGAGCAUCAGCAGCUGCUGGGCUUCUGUCUUGAGACUGUAAGUGGCAUGGAAAAGAUCGGAUGGUGCGAAAAAGUCUCGCCAGAAUUGGAAGCGAGAGUCCACGAGAGCCGCGCCCUGGAGCCGCGUCAAGAGGCGCAUCAUCAAGCGAGUAACCUUUCGCAUCAAGCCCGUCCGGAUGGAGCCACGGGGCAGAUUGUGUAUCCUGAAACAGGAGCUCUUUGCCUGGAUGACACUGACUUUAAUCUGAAUAUGUCCGAAUUUGACGUGCUCGAAACGCUGGACCUGAAUGCUCAAUCAGGCCUGAUUGAUAUCCUCGCAGAUGGGACAUUAUCCGCCUCUCAGUUCGGCUUCUGA